AUCAUUUACCACUAUUUAUUUGCAUUGCAUGUGACUACAGCUUCAAUCUGGCGAUCUUUGUGGGCUUUCCUCAUGAUAUCAACUGCACUGCAGUAGCAAAUAUAAAACAAAACAAAAAUAAACAAUUUAAAACAUUGCAUUCUAUUAUUACAUUGCAUAGAAGCUAAAGACAAAACAGAGAGAGAGAGAGAGAUAAUAAGAACAGGAUGAGACGUCAACCACGUCAACGUCACUCGCCACCGCAAUAUCACUCCUCUCCGUCGUCAUCUUCGUCGGAAUUUGAAUUCAACAUCUCAAUCUCGCCGCGAAAAGCUUCCUCUUCGCUUUGUCCAGCCGAUGAGCUCUUCUACAAAGGCCAGCUUCUUCCUCUCCAGCUUUCGCCUCGUCUCUCUCUCGUCCGUACACUCUGUUCUUCUUCCUCUGACUACACUUCUUCUUCUUCCUCCGCCGCAGCACGUGACUCCACCGAAUCUUCCUCCUCCACUGACUCCACCUCCUCUUUCCCUCUCCUCCACGCUCCCCCGCUCGAUUGCUGCGACUCUUCGCGGCCUAGCUCUGUUACCGAUGAAGAAGAUGUCUUCUUUAAACAGACAAAGAAGAGUGGUUUCUCACUCUCUAGACUAUCCUCUGUUUUCAAGAAAGACACCAAAACCGUCUCCGCCGCUGCUCCGUCCUCGGUGAAGAGAAUGAGCUCCACGGCUAAAGAAGUUAUUCGGAAAUACAUGAAAAAGGUCAAACCUUUAUACGACAAGUUAUCUCAGAAACAGAGCACCACAGUCGCAGCUUUCAAAACAGAGUCCUCUGUUUUAAAAACAGAGUCCUCUUUCUCAGGGAACCUAAUGAAAUACACAAAACGAGGACGGUGCGCGGCGAGCUGUCCGUCGUCGAUGAGGUCAUCUCCGAGUCACUCCGGGGUGCUGACACGUGGUGGCUUUCCAGGUCAACGAGGAGGUAGUAGCUGCAGCAGCAACAACAGUGUGUCUUCUUCUAUGGAAGAGUUGCAGAGUGCUAUUCAAGGAGCUAUUGCUCAUUGCAAGAACUCAAUGUUGCAGAAGAGUUUGGUUAGUAGUCUCGAGAUCUAGCAUUAUAUCUUUGUACCAAUCCAUUAUAUGUUUUUGUAUUUCUAAUCAUUUUGAAAUUUGAGCUACUCCCUUGUCUUAGAAUUGCCAUGUGUGUGAUCCAAACAUGCGAUAUAAUUAACAAUGUUAUUGGUUA